AUGGAGGUGCCGGGCCGCUGUCGCCUUGCCUCGCUGCUGCUGCUGCUGGCUUCGUGCAUCGGCUGCACAGCCGCGCCGCGGAGGAGCAUCCCCCGGCGGCAAGAUAGACUGGGACCUCCUCUAGACAUACUGCUGGAUUCGCUGAACUGCACAGCUUUCAGUGUGCAAUGGAGGAUGCCAAAGCAGCACGCAAGCACCAUCACAGGAUAUACAGUCUUCUACUCAGAGGUUGAAGGUGACAAAGCAGUUAAGCAGCUCUCACACGACGUUCCCCUGAGCCUGGAUAUGCUGAGCAUGGGUCAACUUGAGGGACAAGCAAUUUUUGAAGUUGUUAUUGGAGAUUUGAAACCUGGUACCCCACAUCGCGUUAGUGUUGGAGCCUAUGGCUGGGCAGGGAAGGGACGACCCAGCAUGCCCAGAGAUGUCACAACCUUAUCCCAAGAUAACUGCAUGCCCCCUGCACCACCCUAUCAGCCCCAGAUUGUUGUUGUUUCUGAUUCAGAAGUUGCAUUAUCCUGGAAACCUGGGGCCAAUGAAGGAAGCUCUCCCAUACAAUACUACAUGGUGGAGUUUAUCAGGCCAGACCUUGACAGCAAUUGGACAGUAAUAAGAGAGCAGAUCCAGAUGGAAUCUAUGGUGCUCAAGGGACUUCUCCCAAAUACCAAGUACCAGUUCGCAGUGCGAGCAGCAAACUCCUAUGGAUCCAGCCCUGCCAGCACGCCGAGCGAUGUGGUCCGAACGUUCAGUUCUGAAGAGCUAGGAAGUGGAAGUUAUGGACAUCGUUAUAUCACAGAAACAGUCACUGGUGAUGAUGAUGGAUUUGAUGUGGAUGACUCAGACUAUGACAUUUACAUAGAAGAGCUCAGACCACUUCCUGCUAUCAAAGGAGGCAACAGAAAAUUUCUGGUUGAAACUAAGGUCACGCCAGGGUCUAGCUCCAGGCUGCUGUCACGGGUCCUUACAACCACUUCGGAGCCCACCACUUCCACUCUCACCACCACACAACCUUCCACCACGGCCAGGGUUACAACAGCCAGGGCCACAAGAAGGGGCAGCAUGUCCUCUGCCCCACGCCUCUUUGAUCUUUCCUGCGAUGAGACCAUCUGUUCUGCAGACAGCUUUUGUGUCAAUGACUACGACCGAGGAGGCUCACGUUGCCACUGCAACUUGGGGAAAGGAGGGGAGAUGUGCACAGAAGAUAUUACUAUUCAGUAUCCUCAGUUCUAUGGCUACUCAUAUAUUACAUUUGAACCACUGAAAAACUCCUAUCAGACGUUUCAAAUUACCCUUGAAUUCAGGGCUGAAUCAGAAGAUGGUUUGCUACUCUAUUGUGGGGAAAAUGAACAUGGCCGUGGUGAUUUUAUGUCGCUGGCAAUCAUCCGACGGAGUAUCCAGUUCAGGUAUAACUGCGGCACUGGAGUUGCAGUCAUAACAAGUGAAAACAAAAUCAAACUGGGGAACUGGCACAGUGUCACACUCUUCAGAGAUGGGCUGAAUGGCUGGCUCAGGAUGGAUAAUGAUGCUCCAGUCACAGGAAAGUCUCAGGGCCAAUAUAGUAAAAUUACCUUCCGGACUCCCUUCUAUGUUGGCGGUGCCCCCAGUGUGUAUUGGCUGGUCAGAGCUGCAGGCACCAACCGUGGAUUUCAGGGCUGUGUUCAGUUUCUCAGCAUUAAUGGGAAAAUGAUUGAUAUGAGACCCUGGCCUUUGGGGAAAGCACUCAGUGGUGCUGAUGUAGGUGAGUGCAGCAGUGGAAUCUGUGACGAGGCAUCCUGCAUCAACAGCGGUACCUGCACUGCAAGCAAGGCAGACUCGUACAUUUGCCUUUGCCCUCUUGGAUUUAAAGGUCACCACUGUGAAGAAGCACUCACCCUGGCCAUACCUCAGUUCAAUGAAUCCUUAAGAUCGUUUGCUAGCACACCCUGGCCCUUGGAACCACAGAACUAUCUUUCCUUCAUGGAGUUUGAGAUGACAUUUCGUCCAGAUUUAGAGACUGGUGUCCUUUUGUACAGCUAUGACACAAACAGCAAAGACUUCCUCUCUAUCAAUAUGGUGGCUGGUUACGUGGAGUUCAGAUUUGAUUGCGGCUCAGGAACGGCUGUCAUCAGGAGUGAAGAACCUGUCAGUCUGGGUCAAUGGCAUGAGCUGCGAGUGUCUCGCACUGCGAAGAAUGGUAUCCUACAAGUGGACAAACAAAACCCAGUAGAAGGCAUGGCAGAGAGUCCUGUUUUUAUCUCUCUGAAUAUUGUGCUGGAUAGGGUAUCAGGAUCAAGAACAAAUGUUUUCAUGAGGUUUAAAACCACCAUGAAGGAAGGUCUUUUGAUGUGGAGAGGAGACAGUCCUAUGCGACCUAAUAGUGAUUUCGUUUCUCUUGGCCUUCAAGAAGGAGCAUUAAUAUUCAGCUACAACUUAGGCAGUGGCGUUGCUUCCAUAGUGGUGAACGGCUCCUUUGGUGAUGGCCGAUGGCACCGGGUCAAGGCUGUUAGAGAUGGGCAGUCUGGCAAGGUAACUGUGGACGAUUAUGGAGCCAGGACUGGUAAAUCCCCUGGAAAAAUGAGGCAGCUAAACAUCAAUGGAGAUCUCUAUGUAGGAGGCAUGAAGGAGAUAGCCCUGCACACCAACAGGCAGUACCUGCGGGGGCUGGUGGGCUGCAUCUCACACCUCACACUGUCAACUGACUAUCAUAUCUCUCUGGUGGAGGAUGCAGCCGAUGGGAAGAACAUCAACACCUGUGGGACUAAGUGACAAGAGAAGAGCCCGGGUGGUGAGGACCCGUCCUGUGCUUGUGUGUGCAGCUGAAAGCCAUCUUGCUGCAGCCCUCCACAGCUGGACCACUGUUGCCAUCCGGGAAGAUGACAGAGCCAAAGGGGAUACCCUAAAAAACAUUUUCCCUCUCCUUUCCUCAGCAGACCAGACCAAACUGAGUAUUUUGUAUAGGAGCCAUCCCUUUUCCCCCUGCAUGUCUAGUGAGUGCUAAAGAUCGUGUGUUGGUGCAAACAGCAAAGAACUGUGUGAUGUUGUAAGUAGCUCAGUGGCUGUGUUGUGGUCCUUAGGUGUCUUUUUUAUGUCAGAAAGAGCAGUCAUUAAACACCUGCAUUCAUUCCAUCUUGCAGUGGUACAACAACUAUGUUGUGCAACAGAAACACAAGCAGAAAUGUAUCUAUGCAUUCAAAUGUAUGUCUCUGUAUAAGUAGUUCUUAUUGCUCUCUGAUUUAGCUAAAUUAUGUUUCACCUGUGUAAAUAAUGCCUGCAGUAAUUGGUUAAAAAUGUUGUUUGUUGAGGAGAAAGUUCUUAAAGUCUACUUUUUUUACUACAAGCAACAAAAAUCAAUGGACCGAUUUUGUAGAAGUAAUUUUAUACUUUGAUAUUUUUUAUAGCAGCAGCAGACCUGCUUAUGUGGUAUAACUUUUAACAUUUAAGUGUACUAUACAUUUAGCUCUUUGCACACUUUCCAAAAAAACAGCAAAGUGACCUGUGGUUUCAGUUGGUUAUACAGAAGGAUCGAUGUUACGCAGUUUUUGUUGGGGAUAUUUGUGAACUAUAAUCAGCUUUAAAUCUUUUUUUGUUCUGUUUUGUUUUGUAAAUUUUGACAGCUUAAAAUUGUACAUUAUGAAGUUUUUCUGCCUAUCCAGAUUAAAAGUU